UUUCUCUAUGUGUUAUAUAUGGGUAUAUUCAUAUAUUUGUAAGAAGUGGGUAGCAGUCGCGUAAUAAAUACUUGUCGAGCAACACGUCUUUUAUUUAACAGUGGCGGCGAAUGGUAAAAUUAUAGUGUAAUACAGUGUUUUUAUCCACAAAAAUGGCUGGCAAAGGUAAAUUUUCGGAGUUUGAUGUGAAAACGGGGAAUUGGACUUUAUAUUGCGACAGGUUAGACAUGUACUUUUUAGCUAACGGCGUUACGGACGAUUUGAAACUAGCAACCUUGAUCGCGAACGUAGGUGAAAGUGCAUAUGAAUUAACUUAUGCUAAAGUGGUGAGUUUAGUGAAAGAACACUUGGAACCCGUACCAUCGGCGUUAGCGGAACGUUACAAGUUUCGGCAAUGCAGGCAACAAAAUGGCCAGUCUAUUGCCGAGUACGUGGCCACGUUAAAACAAAUGGCGAGGUUUUGUGACUUCGGUAGCGGGCUAGAAGAGAACCUACGGGACCAACUCGUGUGCGGGAUUACCAGUGACGCGAUUCGACAGAGGUUAUUUGCGGAUAAAAAACUCGAAUACAGUAAAGCGGUACUAAUAGCGACUACAAUGGAGUCGGCGGAGAAAGAUUCUAGUGCGGUAGAAUCUCCGGUGAUAGGAAUGCACUACAAUGCCAGCCAGAUUGGAAAAAAACAGUGUACGGCGUGCGGCGACACGAGACAUGAGCGCUUCGCGUGCAAAUUUAAGGAUUACAUAUGUGACACGUGUUCGCGUGUCGGGCAUUUGAGGCGUGUGUGUCCUGAAAAGGAGGGGCACAGAGCUAGGGCAAGACCGGGAGCGACUAAGAGUUGGGGAACCAGUCAGGAGCACGGAAGUGGCUCUGGAAGCAACGGCUACAACGAGAGGGCAUUGACCGGCCGUGGAGGCAGCACGGCGGGCAGGAGGCGGCGAGGCGCGCGCACGGGCGCGGCGCUCGCGCGCCAUCACUGCAUCCGGGGGCACCCCGAUCCGGCCGAGGAGGCUAGCUGGCGGGACAACGGAGGCGAGGGCUCGGGUGCGGGCCUUAGCCGGCGCACGGACAGCGAUGACGAAUGGCCCAUAUAUCAAAUGGGACUAAGUCAAUAUCCACCGGUAUGUAUGGAGAUACUUGUGCAAAAUAGGCCAUUAAUCAUGGAAAUUGAUACCGGAUCUCCCCUUUCGUGUAUAAAUAAUGACACUUAUCAAAAAAAUUUUAGUCAACUAGAAUUAAAAGAGUGCCGCAUUCGGUUAUUUGCUUAUAAUGGUUCCCGUAUUUAUCCAUUAGGCUUCGUCGAAGUAGAAGUGUCAUUUAACGACUGUGUUAAGACGCUAGAUUUGUAUGUGAUAGAUAAUGGAACCACUAAUAUUUUAGGACGGCAAUGGCUUGCCGAGUUAGAUAUUCAGGUUCCGCGAAUAAAAGUAUUAAGUGUCAAUAAGCUGGUGAAGGAUUAUGGGAACUCGUCUCUUACUAUGAAUGACAUCCUUUCCAGGUUUAAAGAUGUGUUCGACGGAACCCUGGGUUGCUUCACCGGCGGGCGGGCCACGCUGCAGCUGCGCGAGGGGGCGGUGCCUGUGUAUUGCCGGGCGCGACCUUUGCCCUACGCGUUACGUCAGCGCGUGGAUGCCGAACUGGACGCCAUGCUGGCGGCGGGCGUCAUCACACCGGUCGACCACUCGGACUGGGCGACACCGCUGGUGGUGGCGCACAAGGCGGACGGCGCCAUCAGACUGUGUGCGGACUACAAGGUUACGCUAAACAAGGUACUAAUGGUAGAUAGAUAUCCCGUGCCCAGGAUUGACGAUCUGUUAAGUAAUAUUAGUGGCUACAAAUAUUUUUCCAAGCUUGAUCUAUCACAGGCCUAUAACCAGAUUCUUUUGGAUGAUACGGCAAGUUAUACGGUGGUUAACACACACAGAGGUUUGUUUCAAUACAACCGUCUCGUUUAUGGUUUAUCCUCCAGUCCAGGCAUAUUUCAGAGGAUCAUUGUGGAAGCCCUGGUACACUAUGAUAUGCGCUUGCCGUGCCUGGUGACAUGUGACGCGAGUGGACACGGCAUUGCAGCGGUCCUGGCUCAACGCGGCAGCGACGGUGUGGAGCGCGCCGUGGCGUAUGCAUCGCGCGCGCUGACGGCAGCGGAAAUACAUUAUAGUCAGGUGCAUAAAGAGGCGCUGGCCAUCGUCUUCGCCAUAAAAAAAUUUCACCAGUAUUUGUACGGCCAGGCAUGUAAAGAAAAAGUGUUGCGGGAACUACAUGAGCCACAUAUGGGUAUUGUCAAAACCAAGGCUUUAGCAAGAAGCUACGUGUGGUGGCCCGGCAUUGAUGAGGCGGUGGAACGCGUUUGCCGCGCGUGCGUCGUAUGUGCCGCGGUGGCGGACGCGCCGCCGGCCCACGAACCGCGCCUCUGGCCGUGGCCUGAACGUCCUUGGGUUAAUUGCAUGAAACAUGGCCCUUCAGGCGAAUACUAG